UAAUUAUUUCAAUUCAACUCACUUCGUUGAAUAAAGUUGAUAUUUGUUAACAUAAUUUAUAAUCCAUUUUGCUUCAUAUCGAUUUAUAUUUAAAAAAAUAUACUAAAAUGUCCAGUUUCCUUUGAUUCCGUUAUAUAAUAAACGUCCCGCGCAGUGUAAAGUUUCUGAAAGCGCAAUAGUUAUUUCGCGUUUUUGAGUGAAACAAGGAAGAGUUGUUUCUUCACGAACUGAACUAUACUUUGAUUAAUUUUUAUUAUAAGUUGAUAAAUAGCUAUAGGUUUUUAAUGAAUCUUGUUAUUUAGUUUAAUAAAUCGAGAUAAAACAUGGAAGUUUCUAAUGAAAUAAAGGAAGAUAUUCGCAAAACCCAGUCGGACUUGAAAAAUGCGAUUCGAAUCCAUCAGGUUUGGGUUGCGCGCCUUCAAGAAGAUGAAAACAACAUGCAUCUUAGAUCUAAAGUUAAUGAAGCUGAGAAAGAAAUAAUCGCAAUUGGACAGACUCAAAAACUAGUGGUGGACAGGCUACGUAGAGAACUAGAGCUGUACCAACAAAGGCUGAAGGCUCGUAACAAGCACAUUAAUAUUGAAAAUGACAAUAGAUAUGUGGCACAACAACUAAGGGACCAUCAAAUACAAUAUCGUAGCAGAAAUAGAACAGUAUCAUUAUUGAAGCCAUCUGUGCUCAAUGAAAUACAUAUAAAAACUGAAAACAACAGCGAUGAAAUAAAAGACAACAAUGUAUCCGAUGUGGAGAUUGAGAUAAAGUUAUCUAAUGAGAAGGAAAACUCAAAUCACAGUGAGACUGAUGACAAAGAUAAAUACCAGAGAAACUUUUCUCAACUGCCCAAUGCUGUGCAUGAUAGUAGAAACAAUUUUGUGAAUGUCUUAAACAAAGUGAAAGAAGCUUUUAGUGGACCAAAGCACCAGGAUAACAAUGAUUGGCAAGAGCAGAAGUCAGAUUCAGAUUCAUCUCAAGCUGGAGAGCUUUCUCCGACGCCUUCGCCGCCACCGCUUCCUGAGCCCGGGGAGCCUGUCACCAAAGAGGUCUUUUUGAGACUGAUAGGUUUAAUAACACCGUUACAAAGAGAGCUGUUAGAGAAAAAGCGAAAUGAGCGUCGCAAGCGAUCCACUACGAGUACUAACAGAAAUGAUUUCCUGUAUGGGAACUAUGAAAUGUUACCUAAAAAGAAGAAGUACAACCAGUUUCCAUACUUGCAAACGCAUAAUGAUCCUCCACAGACAAGGUCCGCAAAGCUACGAAAACAACAGUCGCAGAAUAAAACGUCUCGCGAAGGCUCUCCGUCUGGAUCUUCAACGGAAAAUAAAGCAGGAUGGAGCAACGGCAAGCCCGCGUGGGCGGCAACGUUGCCGGCGAGCUUAUCUGUGGAACCUGUGUAUGCAACACAGAAAAAAGCGUGUCAUGUGUGUGGACGAAAUGACGUGGCGUCGCUGCUGGCGUGGUGUGCCACAUGCGGCGUGUGGCAGCACACGGGCUGCGGCCGCGCCGGCGGAGACUGCGCCCGCUGCGGCGCCGCCCUGCCCGAGCCGCACGGCGCCGCCGCCGCGCCCGACCCCGCCACGCACAAGCAGCUCUAUAGAGAUAAACUAGCCGAGCGUAAAAGUUUACAAGAGAAGAAUAUAAAAUUAUGUGUGGAACUACGUAAACUUGAAAUGAGAGCCGCAAGCCUGAAAGAGAAUUUGGACGAACAUAAUGCAGAGAAAAGACAACUAUUAGCUGACCAGAUCAAGACUCAAAGAAACCUUCAGAAACUUCUAGACUUCAUUAGUCAAUUUAAAGAGACGUCGAUAAGCAUCCGUUCUACGUCCGUCAGUGAGUCAGGCAGCGAAAUAAGUAAAAGUAAUGAGGAAUGAAGUUGUUUAAGGUCUGAUGCGUCUCUUCGUGUUCGUGAUUCGUGGUCGGUGUUGAUGUUAAUUAGAUUGAUUAUGGUUUUACUAUGGAGUUACAGUAGUCUCAAUGUAGUGUUUUUUGGACACCCGAAUAAUUUCGUUAUUGGAACAUGUGGACAUUUUCAAUUAAGUUUGUUUUUACUUACUUGUAUCAAAUUAUAUAUUUCACGAGAUUUUUUAUUGUUAUCUAAUUACUCUCUACAGAGUUUCUUAUAUCAGAGUCAAAUUACUGGAAAUGUAUUAUUUGAAAUGUGGAAGUGAAAGUAGUUCAGAAGUAGUACGUAUUCUAUCACGAUUUGUCUUGAUCGGGUGGAUAUAAAUCAAUUCUAUUAAAUAAAAUCAAAUAAUUAGCCAAAAGUGAAGUGUUCAGUAUUUGAUUCCUAAUUUAGUGUAGAUGUACUAAUUGUCAGUUAGAUGUAGAAUUAAUUUUGUUGCAACAACUAAGUUUUAGUUUAAACGUUGUUUGUAAUGUAUUCACCGUUUUAUAAUCAAGUGUCCGUCCUUUUCUAAGUUAAAAUAUUUUUAGUAUACAAGUAGAAAAGGAAGCCAAGAUUUUGUAAUUAAGACAACAAACAACGUUUACUAAGAAAUAUGGAUACUGUCCAUAUGUUAAUCAACCUUAAAUUGUUCUCUGUGAUAUGAUUAUUUUUCGUUAGGUUGUUAAUAGUACAAACGUACUUUGUAUGAGAUCCCUAAUUGUAAUACCUUAUGUAAAUAAAUAUUCGUAAAUUGGUUAA